AUGGCUGAUCCAAACAAGAGUAAAGCGCUGUAUUCGUCCGGGGUGGCAUUCCUAGGGUUCGCCUGUUUUGCACUAGCCGCCACGGCUAUUGGAUUGCCAUUAUGGGGUUAUUACGAAAAUCCUCAAGCCGAAAUUGGGACUUCGGGAAUCGAUCGUGGUUAUUUUGGACCAUGGCAAAUGUGCAAACAAUCGUACUACGGACGAACGAAAUGUGGAGACUCGAUAUCCAGGUUUCAUCCUGUGGAAAUGGUGAAGAUAGCCGGAUAUUUUGCCAUAGCGGGUACAUUGAGCCUGGCCGUGUUUUGCAUCCUGAGCAUAGUGCAAUUGGCCAUGGUGGUGUCAAAGGAAAAAGUCGUGGUCGCCUAUAGCAAGACCGUGGCUACCAAAUUGGUGUUUGCAUUCGCAGCAACUCUGCUAGCAAUCAUGGCAGCCGGGUUAUUCGCCCUUCAAACCGACGACAAAGACAACAGCUACCAAGUGACCAGAGGGGAAUCGUUUUAUAUGCAGAUUGGCUUAAUUGUAUUGAACUUUUUGCUAUUCGUGGCUGCAAUAUAUGAUUUGAUAUUUUCCCGUCGCUUGGGCGGUGACCCGACCGUCAGUCGCCGUGAUCCAUCUGGUGUAGAAGCUACCACAUUCAAUAAUCCUGCCUUUAAGGAGAAGAAGUCAAAGAAUCCAAGAGGAGGAAGCGGAGCUGGAGACGGAGCUGGAGUCGGUGGCAGUGGUAGAAUAUCGGUGACGGACGCCAGCGGAAAGCCGUACGCGGGUGCCACGACCAACGGCAGUACAAUGUCGAUGACGCCCACGAUCAGCUCAAAUGGGUCGACGAUAAUACCGGUCCGUAGCCCGUUGCGAUCCAGUCUGAAGAAACCACGGUCGGCCAAUGGAAACGGGGCUGGAGGAGGCGCUGGCGGGCUGGGUAUCCAGAAUCCCGGAUUCAGCGGCACCUCGCCCACUCUGUCUCGGAACGGGAGCGUGAAAAAAGUUCGAAUACAGACCCAGAGCACGGCCGUGUAA